AUCUCAUCGUCGAUGCGGAAGUGUCAGACACGGAAGUAAAAUCUGAGAAAAAGCACGAGCUAAGAUCUUUGUAAUAGGUCCAUCCAUUUAUUAAUGAACUCGUAUAUCAAACAUUUGUCCGCACAAGAUAGUUGUGAAAGCCGUGUGCAUUGUAAAAAUAUCAUGUCGUCAACAGGAGAAGCUUUUCUUAGCGCGGUGGAGACACCACUUUUUUGGAUUGGAGCUCUGACUACGGCCUAUUUCUCAGUAUGUUCCAUAUACCGGUUGCUGUUCGGGCUCAGGUUAUGGGUACUAGGUAAUGGACGGGUGGUAUCAGCUGCAAAACUCGGAAAAUGGGCAGUUGUGACGGGAGCCACAGAUGGAAUCGGGAAAGCCUAUGCAGAGGAGCUGGCUCGCAGAGGCUUUGACAUCGUGCUAAUCAGCCGCACCCAGGAGAAGCUGGAUGAGGUGUCCAAGUCCAUUGAGGGUAAAUAUGGCGUUGAGACCAAAUCCUUGGCUGCAGACUUCAGUGCGACCGACAUCUAUCCCAGGAUUGAGGCUGCUCUGACGGACCUGGAGAUUGGUGUUCUGGUGAAUAAUGUGGGAAUCUCCUACUCGUAUCCAGAAUUUUUCCUCAACAUUCCCAAUCUGGACAGUUUCAUCGACACUAUGGUCAAUGUUAACAUCACCUCUGUCUGCCAGAUGACACGCAUGGUGCUGCCUGGGAUGGUGGAGAGGAAAAAGGGGGCCAUCCUCAACAUCUCUUCAGCCAGUGGAAUGUACCCCUGUCCCCUACUCACCAUCUACUCAGCCUCUAAGGCUUUUGUGGACUUCUUCUCCCGCGGACUGGAGGCUGAGUACAAGAGCAAAGGGAUUAUCAUUCAGAGUGUUCUUCCAUUCUUCGUGGCCACCAAGCUGAGUAAGAUCCGCCAUGCCACACUGGACAAGCCCAGCCCGGACCGCUAUGUGGCUGCGGAGCUGAACACGGUGGGCCUGCAGAGUCAGACCAAUGGCUACCUGCCCCACGCCGUCAUGGGUUGGCUGACCACUGUCCUUUGCCCCACGAGGCUUCUCAACAGCUACAUCAUGAGCUUGCACCUGGGCAUGCGCUCACGCUACCUGAAGAAACAGAAGCAGGGUUAGGGAGUCCUUCAGCUUAAGAAGAGGAGGGCCCCAGGAUGGAGGAAAGGGACCGAUCUUCACAGACCAAGAACAGGGCGCUCAAACUGUUAGUGUGUGUGGAUUUAGUUACUAUGUGCUUCUUUCUCGUAGACCUGGUUUGAAAGCAAGUAUCUGUGGCGGUGGGAGGGAACUUGUGAAGAAAUGCAUCAAGGAGAUUAGAUUUGUUGGGGCAUUGACCAUGCACUUAAACCUAACGCAGCAAUUACCAUGGUUUGAAUGAUACCUGCCUGGGGACAGGUGUUUGGAGACACCAAUAAUUACCAACUCAUUUGUCGUUAGAUUUUUGUUUGUUUAAUUUGUGGAUAGAAAUGGAUUUGCUUAUGAAACACAGAGCAGAGUGUAGUAAAAUUACAAGUUCUCAGAAUUUCUUUGCGUUGGGUAAUGUUAUUGUGUACAAAUGAUUUAAAAGGAGGAUAAGAACCGCAUUAAUGGGAGUCUUACCUUCUGCACACCAGCGAUUUCCAUCCUGUUUGAGGAGGAUAUCGUCUGUCUGGGAGGGCUCCUAUGUCAGUAUUGGGGUCACUUGGUAAUGGGUCAUGUUAGCCCUGCCUUAUUUAUGCUGAGAUAGUUGAUAUUCAAUGCAGAAUGCACAUUGUGCUUACUAUUCGUGCUUAAUCAAGGCAGUGUCACAUUUCAGAAAGUCGGCACAUGCCACGUAGUUCAGAUACAAGCUGUUAACUGUUGAUGUACGGUAUUUACAGGUGAACCAAAUGUUCAAACCUUCUCUCACCCUCAAGCCAGUGGUCCUAACAAAUGUUUCUGAUUUAACAUGCUUUGUAGGUUGUUUUUGUGUUGUACUCAAAACAUUCUGUCACAUCAUUCCACAGAUGUUUUUUGGCACAUUUACUUUACUUGAUCCGGUCUUUAAACUGUACAGCAUGAUUUGAGAUCUGGGGAUCAUUGUAAUCCAUUUGCCGAAAUACAUAUAAUAGAAUUGUCAUUAAUUGUAAAUGGUUUGUGUUAAAGGUUUGCAAAAUAAGUAUCUUGUAACAGUGAGAAUGUGGGGCUUGGUGGAAAUUCCUGUGGUCAAUGCUCACCAUCAAUAAAACACUAGUCAACCUUC